CCCGCGAAAGAACAGAGAAACGCACGGUUUCCUUUUCGAGUCAACUUGCAAAACCCUAGGUUUAAAUAACACCCAUCUCUCUUUCUUUCUUCUUUCAUCGCAUCUUUUACUCUUCUGUCUGCGUCCACGCCAUCUGAAACUCCACAGAUAAUCUAUUUCAAAAAUCCUAGAAAUUCAACUCUUCAAUCUUAUUCUUCUCCUUUCCUCCCUUUCUUCUCCCAUCAUCUUGAUUUCCAGACAUAAAUCUAGGGUUUUCUUUUGUCAAUCAUGGAUCUGCCGAGCCUAGCUCUUGUGCUCCAAGCAGCACUUAGCCCUAAUCCAGAGCAGAGAAAAGCUGCUGAAGAGAGCCUCAAUCAGAUCCAGUAUGCUCCGCAACACUUGGUGAGGCUUUUACAAAUCAUUGUUGAUGGUAAUUGUGACAUGGGUGUACGACAAGUUGCAAGCAUACAUUUCAAAAAUUUUGUGGCUAAAAAUUGGUCACCUCGCGAGCUAGGGGAGCAGCAAAAGAUAUCAAUAGCCGAUAAAGGCAUGGUCAGGGAGAACCUCCUCGUGUUUAUUGUUCAAGUUCCUCCUUUAUUGAGAGUACAGCUUGGGGAGUGCAUCAAGACAAUCAUCCAUGCUGAUUACCCUGAACAAUGGCCUGGCCUUCUCCACUGGAUAAAGCACAACUUGCAAGAUCAACAAGUAUAUGGAGCUUUAUAUGUAUUGAGGAUUCUAUCGAGGAAAUAUGAGUUCAAGUCAGAUGAAGAGCGGAUCCCAGUCUAUCUCAUUGUUAAGGAGACAUUUCCUCAUUUACUGAAUAUAUUUAAUGGGCUUGUUCAAAUUGUCAACCCAACAUUGGAAGUAGCAGAAUUAAUCAAACUCAUUUGCAAAAUAUUCUGGUCGUCAAUAUAUUUAGAGAUACCGAAGCAGCUGUUUGAUGCCAAUGUGUUCAAUGCUUGGAUGGUUUUAUUCUUGAACAUAUUGGAAAGGCCCGUUCCUUUAGAAGGCCAGCCAACUGAUCCUGAGAUGAGAAAAUCAUGGGGUUGGUGGAAAGUGAAGAAGUGGACGGUUCACAUUUUGAACCGGUUGUAUACUCGGUUUGGAGAUUUGAAGCUUCAAAAACCAGAGAGCAAAGCUUUUGCCCAGAUGUUUCAAAAUAACUAUGCUGGGAAAAUCUUGGCGUGCCAUUUGAAUUUGCUGGAUGCGAUCCGUAGGGGUGAAUAUUUACCUGAUAGAGUUACCAACCUUAUUCUCCAAUAUUUGAGUAGCAGUAUUUCAAAAACUAGCAUGUACCAAUUGAUGCAGCCACAUCUUGAUGUUCUUCUUUUUGGGAUAAUUUUUCCACUUAUGUGCUUCAAUGACAAUGAUCAAAAACUAUGGAAUGAAGAUCCACAUGAAUAUGUGAGGAAGGGUUAUGAUAUCAUUGAGGACUUGUAUAGUCCUCGGACUGCGGCCAUGGAUUUUGUAAGUGAGUUGGUGAGGAAACGCGGAAAAGGAAACCUUCAAAAGUUCAUUCAAUUCAUUGUGGAUAUCUUUAAGAGGUAUGAUGAAGAAGCAUCUGUAGAACGUAAACUAUAUCGAGAGAAAGAUGGUGCACUUCUCGCCAUUGGAGCAUUGUGUGAUAAAUUGAAGCAAACUGAACCAUAUAAGUCUGAGCUUGAGCGCAUGUUGGUACAACAUGUUUUUCCCGAGUUUAGCAGUCCUGUUGGUCAUCUUAGAGCAAAGGCAGCAUGGGUGGCAGGCCAGUAUGCCCAUAUCAACUUUGCUGAUCAGAACAAUUUCCGCAAAGCGUUGCAUAGUGUUGUGUCUGGGUUGCGUGAUCCAGAGCUUCCAGUACGUGUUGAUUCGGUCUUUGCAUUGCGUUCAUUUGUUGAGGCUUGUAAAGAUUUGAAUGAAAUCCGUCCUAUUCUUCCUCAAUUGCUUGAUGAAUUCUUUAAACUUAUGAAUGAGGUUGAGAAUGAGGAUCUUGUGUUCACCCUUGAGACUAUUGUGGACAAGUUUGGCGUAGAGAUGGCACCUUAUGCUCUUGGACUAUGCCAGAAUCUGGCAGCUGCAUUUUGGAAGUGCAUGAAUACUUCUGAAGCCGACGAUGAGGCUGAUGAUUCAGGUGCUCUAGCUGCUGUUGGUUGUUUGCGUGCCAUAAGCACAAUUCUUGAAUCUGUGAGCAGGCUUCCCCAUCUUUUCAUCCAAAUAGAGCCUACACUCUUACCCAUAAUGCGUAAGAUGUUGACUACAGAUGGACAAGAGAUUAUUGAGGAAGUUUUGGAAAUUGUGUCAUAUAUGACAUUUUUCUCCCCGAUAAUUUCUAUGGAAAUGUGGAGUCUUUGGCCUUUGAUGAUGGACGCAUUGACAGAUUGGGCAGGUGAUUUUUUUGAAAAUAUUUUGAUCCCUUUGGACAACUACAUAUCCAGGAGUACUGCACAUUUCCUCACAUGCAAGGAUCCGGAUUACCAACAAAGUCUUUGGAAUAUGCUUUCAUAUUUCAUGGCAGAUAAAAAUAUGGAGGAUCAUGAGAUUAAGCCUGCUCCCAAGCUUAUUGAAGUGGUGUUCCAAAAUUGCAAAGGUCAAGUGGAUCACUGGGUUGAGCCGUAUCUCAGGAUCACACUUGAGAGGUUGCGUCAAACAGAGAAACCAUACUUGAAAUGCCUCCUUAUACAAGUGAUUGCUGAUGCUCUUUACUACAAUGCAACAAUGACACUUGGCAUAUUGCAAAAACUUGGGGUGGCUGCAGAAGUUUUUAAUCUCUGGUUUCAGAUGCUACAACAGGUUAAAAAAAGUGGUUUGCAUGCUAAUUUUAGAAGGGAACAUGAUAAGAAAGUUUGCUUGUUGGGAUUGACUUCACUUCUUGCACUUCCCGCGGACCAGUUACCUGGAGAAGCACUGGAACGUGUAUUUAGAGCAACACUUGACCUGCUUGUUGCUUACAAGGAUCAAGUUGCAGAAGCUGGAAAAGAGGAAGAUGGCGAUGAUGAUAAUAUGGAUGGUUUUCAAACUGAUGAGGAAGAUGAUGAGUAUGAAACUGACAAGGAAAUGGGAGAUGAUGGUGAAGAUGCUGAUGAAGCCGACAGUCUUAAGCUUCAAAAGUUAGCUGCCCAGGCAAAGGCUUUCCAGUCAAAUGAUGAUGACGAUGACUCAGAUGAGGACUAUAGUGAUGACGAAGAUCUGCAGUCACCAAUUGAUGAGGUGGACCCCUUUGUUUUCUUUGUGGACACCGUCAAAGCUAUCCAAGUUACCGACCUGGCACGGUUCCAGAGCCUGAUGCAGAAGCUGGAUUUCCACUAUCAGGCGGUUGCCAGCGGCGUGGCUCAGCAUGCGGAGCAAAGGAGGGUGGAGAUGGAGAAAGAGAAGCUUGAGAAAGCAGGCACCUCAUGAUGGCAGCAGUGAGGCUUGAAAUUUUGUUUCCUUUUCUUUCUGUGUCAGUCCAUUUCUCUAGCAGGUACAGAAGCCAACAUGGGUUGCAGUUGCCCAUGAAGGUGGCUUCGCUCGGCUUUACAGAAGUCGGUGGGCAAAGGGUCCAAAGUCCAAGAGUUUGAACCUGGAGAAAGAGUCCCAAUCCCCCAUAUAGCCUAAAGGAGAAAGCAAUGUCAUGUAGGGAGUACCGUCCCUCGUCUCUGGGAUAUGAUACGUAGCCUACACACUUCAAAUGUGUGUUUGGCUGUGCCUGUGCUUUGGUGGUAUGCCUUGCAUUGUGGGAGCUGGGCUCACCGAGCAGUUUUUGUCCUGUUGUAUGAGUCGAUUUCUUUGGGAAAGCAUUUCCCCAUUCCGGGUCGGCCUUCGAUCCCAAGAGUCCUAUUGGUAUGGGAAACCCCUGAUCUGUUUUUUGACUACAACAGAGAGGGGUUUCAAGUAUAGAGUGUAUAUGAUUGGUUUCUGUCAGGAAAAUGGCAGGAUAUAUGAUGCUCUCGGGGCUAUUAUUCUGUAUUUAUAUAUCUUUAAUGUGUUCCUUGGGCGAUGAGCUGAUGCACUCUUCUAUUUCUUUGUCGCUUUUGCUUUUGCUUUUGGAGGGUUAUUAUACAGGUGACCUCCUUUUGUGGGUUGCUCUUCUUCAUGUAAACAUGUUUUAUUUAUUCUUUCUAUGGUUAAAAUUGGGGAUGGUUGGGCAUGUGAUGA